AUGGACAAAGGCGGAGCCAUGAGCACAGCAGGCAAAGCUAGUGGGCUCAAGCCCCCCUCGAAAAUAGGACGCCCACCUGCAGUGGCCAUAAGGACCACCCCUUCCUCAGGAACUCCAAAGUCACUUCCAGCCUCCGAGAAGCCCCCCGGCGGCGGCAUCCCUUCCCCCGGUCAGGAUGGCAGUGCCGACUUCCAGUUGGGGGAGCGGGUCUGGGUCAACGGCAACAAGCCCGGCUACGUUCAGUUCGUGGGCGGCACGCAGUUCGCCCCGGGCCAGUGGGCGGGCAUCGCGCUGGACGAGCCCACCGGCAAGAACGACGGCUCGGUGGCCGGCGUUCGCUACUUCUGCUGCGAUGACGGCAAGGGAAUUUUCACGCGGCCCUCCAAACUGUCCAGGACGCCCCUGCCGGAGAAGGAAGCCAACGGGGGGCAGGUCAAGACGGCGCAAGCGGGAAGCGAACCGCUGUCCGGUGCCGAAAAUUUGCAAACUGUUCCCACCGUCAGGAAGAGUAGCGGCACUUUGAAUCGAACGGUUCAAUCCACCGAGUCGGCAUCCAACGUUUCUGACACGGAAUCGGCGAAGAAGAACAAGCGAGAGCUCAGGAGAGGAGAUCGGGUCCUGGUGGGCGGGUCCAAGGCGGGAGUGGUGCGCUUCCUGGGCGAGACGGACUUUGCCAAAGGAGAUUGGUGCGGCGUGGAGCUCGACGAGCCUCUGGGCAAGAAUGACGGUGCUGUAGCGGGCACCAGGUACUUCCAAUGUAUGCCCCGCUACGGCCUCUUUGCCCCGGUCCACAAGGUGACACGCAUCGGCUUCCCUUGCACCACUCCGACCAAAGCCAGGUGUUCCCGCCGGCGGUCCCUCCUCAACAGGAGUCCGAGCGCCUCCUCAAUCAGCUCUAUCAGCUCCACCACUUCUUCGGUCAGCGGAAAACCCAGCCGAGCAGGAUUGUUGACGGAGACGUCAGCCAGGUAUGCCCGCAAGAUUUCAGGCACCACGGCGCUGCAGGAGGCGCUAAAGGAGAAACAGCAGCACAUCGAGCAGCUGCUAGCUGAGCGCGACUUGGAGCGCUGCGAGGUAGCCAAGGCUACCAGCCACGCCGGGGAGGUACAGCAGGAGUUGGCCUCUCUGAGGAAGGGCCGCGACCAGUAUGCCGUGGAGAUGGAGGCCAAGCUGGACCAGCUGAGGUCGAUGGUGGAAGAAGCAGACAGGGACAAAGUGGAGCUGGUUAACCAACUUGAGGAGGAGAGAAGGAAAGUAGAAGACCUCCAAUUUCGAGUGGAGGAGGCGUGCAUCACCAAAGGCGACUUGGAGAUGCAGAGUCGCCUGGAGCACGCCUGCAUUAAGGAGCUUGAGCAGAGCCUGCUCUUUGAAAAGACCAAAGCUGACAAACUCCAACGGGAUUUAGAGGACACCAGGGUGGCCACCGUGUCGGAACGUUCGCGCAUCAUGGAACUGGAGCGAGAGGUGUCGGACCUACAGCUGCGUCUACGGGCGUCACGACAGAAAGAAGACGCGGCGUCGGUUUCCCAGCAGCAGCUGGCCAACCUCAAGGCCCAAGCCUUGUCCCAGGAGAAAAAGAUCAGUGAGCUGAGCGUGGACAUGGAGAGCAAAUACCAGGAGCUUCGGUCAAUGCAAGACGAUAAGGAUUCCAUGCAACAGCAGAUAAGCAGAUUGAGACAAGAACUGCUGCAAGCCGAGCAAGAGAGAACCAAGAUGGCUAAGGCGGCGCAAGAAGCGGAACAGUUGAAGAAGGACUUCCAAGCACUGAAAGAGGGAAGCCAAUGCCGGGAACAAGAACUCAACACUCGGCUGACGAAGGCCGUGGAGACGUCGACGAGGACGUCGCAGUCCCUGGAGAAGCUGACCAAUGAGAAGAAGGAGCUGGAAACACAGCUGGACGCGCUGAAGCAGCAGAAUUGCAAAUACCAGGAGGAGCUGAGUCGCGUUCAGGAGCAGCCGCGCCUCAACCGCGAAGACAUAGAGAAGAUAUCAACCGAGGACUCUCGCCUUCAUGACUCUGCCAGCGUGCUCGCCAACGACAAAGACUACGAGCUGGAGACGCUAAAGAACGAGGUGGUGGCGUUGCGGGACCAUAACGCCGCGGCCGAGACUCUGCGUUCAGCCGUGGCCGCGUUGGAGCGCGACAAGGCUCAUUUAAGCGUCUGCAGACUGGAGCAGAGGCUCGCUGGGCGAGACGGCGAUCAGAAGGAGGAGCCCUCAGCAGGCGACAAGGCUCUGGAGCAGCUCAGGGAGGAGAAGGAGUUCGCGGAGGGUCAGAUCAACUUCCUGAAUAGCGUCAUCGUCGACCUGCAGCGCAAGAACGAAGAACUGAAGACCAAACUGAAGAAGCUUGCUUUGGUCGAGUUCAUCGGCAAUGAUGGCACAGACGGCACGGAACCGGCGGCGGAGUCCAAGCGAGACAAGAAGGCACCGCUGCGCCCCUUCUGCGACAUAUGCGACUGCUUCGACCUGCACGACACGGAGGACUGCCCCACGCAAGCACAGAGUCCCGACUCGGUGCCGCACUCCAGCUACCGCGGCCACCGCGACGAUGAGCGGCCCUACUGCGACGUCUGCGAGAUGUUCGGCCACUCCACUUGCAACGACGAUCGCACCUUCUAG